UUCCUUUAAAUCUAAGGCAAUGCGAUUCAUGUAUUGUGAGUAAGACAGAAUUUCGGUGAGGAACAAUUAAGUUUAAAUUGUGACCCUUCUGUUGGACGUACUUCUUCUGUCUGGUCUAUUAAUUUGUUUAGAUUGUGAAAAACUAGUAAUAUUUCAAUAUGCCCUUAGCAAGAGAUUUACUUCAUCCAAGUCCAGAGGAAGAAAGGAGGAAAUGUAAACUUAAGCGAUUAGUCCAACAUCCUAACUCUUAUUUUAUGGAUGUCAAAUGCCCAGGUUGCUGGACCAUUACAACUGUAUUCAGCCACGCUCAAACUGCUGUGCAGUGCAAAGGUUGCGCUACAAUCCUUUGUACAUCAACUGGUGGUAAAGCUAGACUGAAGGAUGGAUGCUCUUUUAGGAAAAAGCCUUAUUAAAUCUCAUCUUUUUCUUUAAAGUUCGACCUUUUCCAGAAAUUCUGAGAUUUUCUUUGAAGAAGGAAAAAACGAUUAUUUAUUUGGAUGAAACGGCAAAGGAUUCUAAUGAAGCUAAAGAUGGACUGAUAACAUCAAAUACAGAUAUAAAAUUGAAGCUGUUGUUCCAUUUAAUUACAAUUACUUUAAUAAAAAUUCAAUUUUCUGGUUUA